AUGACAGAUACAAUUAAAGAGCAGCAAGUGAUUGAGAAACACAAUGAAUCAGCAGACUUGAUGAAGAUGAUAUUUUCAUCUAAUCAACAGUCAGGGUCCAUGGAGUUCUUUAGUGGGAACCUUAGAACAAUAAGUUGCUUUGACUACCAGAUAUUGAAGAAAGCAACCAAGAAUUUUCAUGUUGAUAAUCUUCUUGGAAGUGGUGGAUUUGGACCUGUUUACCAGGGAAAGUUAGCAGAUGGAAAAAUGGUUGCGGUUAAACAAUUGUCUCUCAACAAAUCCCAACAGGGAGAAAAAGAAUUUCUGGUAGAGGUGACAACUAUCACUAGUAUCCAACACAAAAAUCUGGUUCGUCUUCUUGGAUGCUGCAUAGAUGGGCCACAAAGGAUACUUGUCUACGAAUACAUGAAAAACAGAAGUUUGGACCUCUUUAUACAUGGAAACAGUGAUCAAUUUCUGGAUUGGAGAACUAGAUUUCAAAUUAUUCUGGGAAUAGCGCGAGGACUACAAUACCUUCAUGAGGAUUCACACCAAAGAAUUGUUCACCGUGACAUCAAAGCAAGCAACAUUCUUCUUGAUGACAAGUUUCAGCCAAAGAUUGGAGACUUUGGUCUAGCUAGAUUUUUUCCUGAAGAUCAAGCUUAUCUUAGCACACAGUUUGCUGGAACACUAGGUUAUACUGCUCCAGAAUAUGCCAUUAGAGGGGAAUUAUCAGAAAAGGCAGAUAUCUAUAGUUUUGGAGUUCUCUUGCUUGAAAUAAUCUGUUGCAGGAAGAACACAGAGCACACUUUGCCAUCAGAAAUGCAGUACCUCCCUGAAUAUGCAUGGAAAGUGUAUGAAAAUGCAAGGAUAUUGGACAUUGUAGAUCCAAGGCUGCAACAACAUGGGUUCGUGGAAAAGGAUGUUAUGCAAGCAAUCCACGUGGCUUUCUUGUGUCUUCAGCCUCAUGCACAUUUGAGGCCUCCAAUGUCAGAGAUUGUAGCAUUGUUGACCUUCAAAAUUGAGAUGGUGACAACACCAAUGAGGCCAGCCUUCCUGGACCGAAGACCAAGAAAGGACGAAGAAAAAGAUUGUUCCCGAGCAUUAUCCCAGACUUUCACAUCUCCCAUAUGUGAUCACUGA